GGCUGACGGCUGUCAAACAGCCGAGAAUCUUCCUCGCGUUUUUCUCAGCACAUCACAAAACAUGGCCUCGAUUUUGCGGUCCAGCAAAUUUGUUCGAUAUAUUGCCGGUUUCACACGGAACAUCGUGUUCAACACGGUCCGCGAGACGGAGGGAAGCUUUGUCCAACAUUCGCAAUGUUUGUGUGGUAAUUCCGUCAGUGGUUUCGCAACGACGGCGGCCAGUGCCAGUCAGGGUCUAGAUCGUUCCCUGAAGCGGCUCGAUGAAGAUGUACGUCGUUCGGGACGUAUCUCAAGGCGGGACCUGGAAGAUGUUCUUGAGGAAAUACGGAUGAAUCGAUCGGCUACCAGUGCGCAAUCGUUACUGGUCAUUCGGUGUUGUGGCAAUCUAGUCCCGGAGGAAUUACCAGAGGUACGAACGGCACUGGUUCAAGAAAUUUGGAAAACCCUUAACAACUUGAAUGUGGCUAUGGACGUUUCUCACUUCAAUGCCUUGCUCAGGGUUUAUCUGGAUAACGAACAUCAGUUCUCGCCGACGGAAUUUCUUACCGAUCUGAAGGCGAAAGGAAUCGAACCGAAUCGCGUCACCUACCAACGGUUGAUUUCGCGCUACUGCCAGGAAGGGGACAUCGAAGGAGCUACCAAGAUUCUGGAAUACAUGCGUGAAAAGCAACUGCCCGUCAACGAGUACGUGUUCAACGCACUAAUCAUGGGACAUUCGCAGGCAGAUGAUUUGGAAUCAGCAACUGGAAUUCUGGCAGUGAUGUCUCAAGCCGGACUGCAUCCAUCAGCAGAUACAUAUACGACCUUGCUGUGUGGAUACGCUCGGAAGGGAGACAUCGAUUAUAUUGUGAAAACGCUGGAGACUUGUGAACAGAAGGAAAUCUAUUUGCUUGACAAGGAUCUGUUGGAAAUAAUCUACUCGCUCGCCACCAACGGUCACGCAGAAAAGAUCGAUCCGUUGAUUGAAAAGAUUCGCAAGCAGGCCGGUUACAACCAAGAUGCAGUGAAUGUUAUCUUGAGACUGAUCAACCGUGGCCAGGAAGACGCUGCAUUCAAAGUACUAAAAACUAUGCCAAGAGCCACAAAAACCGACGGCGAGAUGGCCAAUACCGGAGGAUUCUUGAUCAAACAGUUAGUCAAAGCCAAGAGACCCGUUGCGAAGAUUCUUUCGAUUUGUGAAGAACUUCACAGUUCGGGCAUGAACGUAAAUUCCUAUCUGAUUGCAUUAGAGACUGCGUUGAAAAAUGGAAUCGUUGACGCCGCUUAUGCCUUGCUGAAGACAAUCAAGGAGCAAAAUCAACCAUUGCGGCAGCACUACUUCUGGCCACUGUUGUGUGUCAACGAUCAACCUCAACCUGAAGGAGUUCUAAGCGUUUUGAGGACAAUGAUACAGGACUUUGAUAUGCAACCAAGCAGUGAAACUAUUCGCGAAUAUGUGAUUCCCAAUAUGGGAAUGAAUAAUCACGAAGAGGUUAUUCAGUUGCUAAGAAGUGUUGGCAUUUCCUCUGCAGUGGCCAGUUCCGGAUGCGUUUAUGUUGCAUUGGAGAACAACAAUCUCAAAGAAGCGGCGAAUAUUGCAUCCCGGUACAAGGCAUUCUACUCUCCGGGUGUCUAUCGUAAGCCACUGGUCACGGCUUUGCUCAAUACGAAGGAUUUCAACUCGUACAUCCGUUUCUCUCGUCACUUGUACGACAACAUGCUGCGAAUGAGCUCCAAGGAGGAAGUCAGCGAACAACCUGGAGAAAACGAAUCCAGCUCGCCAAACAUGCAAGCAGAUGUGUUGGGUUCAUUGAUUUACGAUGUCCUAGUUACCUUCAAGAGCAAACGGGUCGAAGCGCUGGAAACAAUUCUUACCGGAUUCGUUAACCAAGGCCUUUCCGUUAGCAACUCGCAAGCGGAGCGAAUCCAAGACAAGCUAGGUGCUGACAUGACAACCGAAAUUUCUACAAUGUUGAGCAAAUUAGCCGCCGGAGAUUUGGAACCGGUACAGCUGGAAAGUGUAAACCAGAGAACCAAAACACCCAUCUCUAACUUCUCGAUCCCGCAGUUGGAACGACUCAUCACUGACCUGCAAGCUCGGGGAGAGAAUACUAAUUCCUUCAAGAAUCAGCUGAUCCGUAAUACGAUUCGAGCUAACGAUGUCGCUAAGACGGAGGAAGUUCUGAACCGCCUUGAAGAGGAAAGCUACGUUAUUCAGCCAGGAGUAUACGCGCAAGUAAUCGAACUGUACGCCAACAGUGGAAAAAUUGAGGAAGCUUUUGCCCUGUUGGACAAAGUUAAGACGAAGCUGCCGGAUUUUGAGCUGGACGAUACGAAGAUUAUCCGACUAGCGCAAGCCUUAUUGAAUCAAGAACGGUUCGAUGAAGCUUUGAAGUUCAUUGCCACAAACAAGGCAACAACUGAGCGCGACGCAAAGGACGUCGAUUUCAACUACAAUAGCGCCUGCUGGAGGCUGUUGAACACGUUGGCCGACAUGGGAAAAGCUGAUGAGGUGAACAAACUGUUCAAGCAGCUGCUGGACAAUGGAUACAUUAUGCCGCAGAACAUCUUCCUGGGGGCGUUGAUCAAGGUUCACGUUAUCAGGGAUGAUAUGCAAACGGCCAUUGCAGUAUUUGAAGAAAUUUGUCAGAAAUAUCGAACUACCCCCUGGAAAACGGAACUCACCUGCCGAUUGAUCCAAGCGGAGGACGCCACCAAUUUGCAGCGUCUCACCGACCUCAGCACAGAAGUCCACGGUGAAGUGAACAGCCUGUACGAUUUGGUGUUUGCUUUCGUUGACUGCGGCAGAAUUCGCCAGGCGAGGAAGAUCCUGGAAACUCCUGGACUGCGUACGCGCGGGCAACGUAUUGAGAGCGCUUGCGAACGGUACCACGUGGAAGGCAAAACGCACAGCUUGGAAGGUCUGAUGGAAGCCACCAAGGAUUUGAAUCAUAUUGACCGAUCGGCCAUCUAUUAUAAAUUGCUCAAGAGCUAUAUCAACGAGAAACAACCGGAAAAGGCUCUUGGUCUGUGGACAACAAUGCAGGAGGAAGACGAAGCACCUACAGACGAAUUCUUGAUUGAACUGUCCAACUUUUUGAAAGCUAACGGAUACGAAGUACCGUUCGUCGCGCCGAAUGCACCAGUUCCUACCAGAAAGACGACGAAGGUGGAAGAGAAUAUCAAGUCCAGUGCCACAAGACCCGCCGACCCGAAGAAGGUUUUGUCACCUACUCUCAAGGAGUUUAAGGCAGCAUCCAAAUCGGGCGAUGUUGAUCGACUUCUUGUGGCAAAAGAAAAGUUAACUGGAAACGACAAAUUGAAUCUAACCGAGCAGUCGCUGGUAAUCGAAGCAUUGGUCAACCGUGAUCGUCUGAAUGAUGCAUCGAAGUUGGUACUAGAGUUGCUUGAACAAAACCUCCAUCCGAUUCCGCGUAUUUUCAAAUACUUCCUCAACAAACUGGCAACAUCUGGUGAUUUGGCUACGUUUGAGCAUAUCGGCGAGAUGAUUACGGACGAAGUGAAACGACUGAUCUCAUUUGAUAAUCGCCUUUGCCACGCCCACAUUGCCGGUGGAAACGUAGAACAGUACAUUAAAAAGCUAGAAGACACAGUAGAUUCGAUAAAGUCGAAGGAAGAAGCUGAAGCAGCUGCGAAACAUUUUCCGAUUGGAGGGGCCGCUGGGAUUCUUUCACAACACCCGGAAAUGCAAGAUCGAUACAAGACAAUCGCAGAAAAGUACGUCAAGUAUGAUCUUAUUGCACCAAUGAACGCUCUGUGGACGCAUCACUUCAUGGCAAACAACGCAGAACAGGCCAAGCAAAUCUGGGAUGCUCACCUGAUCAACAGUCCGAGGGUCAUGUUCCAGAAGAUCAUUCAACAUGCCAGAGAAACGAACGACGAUGCCAUGGUGCGUCGUUUGAUUGAACAAUUGAAAGAUUCGAAAGUUUCCGAGAACGGUAUGGGUAUAAUUUACAGUUGCCUGAUCGACGCACUGGUAAGCAAGGACCAAGCUGCCCAAGGUCUGGAUGCGCUGAAAGACGGUCUAAAGGUUAUCUGCUUGGAGCACUUCAAUCGGUCAGCACUGAGAAGGCUCAAAGAUAAAGUGACAGCGGCUGGACAUGAAUUCCCCUACACAAUUCCCGAACGGCAUGCCAACAAAUUGCACGACACUUCCAGCAGCAGCAGCGGUAGCAGUAGUAGCAGUGACGAUGAAGUUACUAGAGCUAGAAACACUAACUAAAUCCGUAUUUCUCGCUAAAUUCCUUACCUCCGUUACAAGGAAGCAUUUCGGAUAUCACAGAAAGCUAUUGCACCAAGGAGCUGUUGUAUUCUAAUAGUUUAUCAUUCAUUAUGCUGUACCACCCAAAAUAGUUUUAAAUAGAUGUAUUAUAAUACGCUGGA